CGCGCCUCUGUGUCGUUUCUCUCUCUUUUGCUCUCCUAAACUCUUUUUAUCUUCCGUUCGAGUGGUUUGGAUAGAAGGAGGAGGAAUCGAGCUGCGGCUUGGAGUGUUGAGGAGAAGGAAACGGAGAAAAAAGAGAGGCGAUGUUCGUGUUUUUUUAAUGGAAUCCGAUUCGAAGAGGCGGAAGAAGAGUUGGUUUGGGAUUCUCUGACGUAUCUUGGCUAGGCGAUUGAGGGUUUGAGGGAGAGGGAACGGGGGGCGAUUGAGGGUGUUUAGAGAAGUUGAGGCACUGGUUGAGAGGAGUUAUCUGUUCGGUUAGCGUUGGACGGGAUGGCGGGCGUAAUCUCAGACUUAGAUUUUCGCAGAGAUUCUGAAUCUGUAGAGGUGGUGGAGGAGAUCGCGAGAUUAGAAAGAAAGAUUUUCCCCAAGCACGAGUCUCUCGCGAGAUCAUUCCUCGAGGAAGUAAGGAAGAAGAACAGUGGUCUGCUGUACCUUAAGAUAGGAAAAGGAAAAGGAGAGGAAGAGAUCGUGGGGUACGUCAUGUACUCGUGGAUCUCUUCUCUAUGUGCCUCCAUCACCAAACUCGCGGUGAAGGAAAAUCAUAGAAGGCAGGGUCAUGGAGAAGCUUUGUUGAAAGCAGCUAUUCAAAAAUGUAGAACAAGGAAAGUUCAACGAAUUUGCCUUCAUGUUGAUCCUAUGAGAACUCCUGCAGUUUCUCUCUACAAUAAGAUUGGCUUUCAAAUUGAUGAGUUUAUUGAGUGUUACUAUUCUCCAGAAAGAAAUGCCUAUAGGAUGUACUUGGAUUUCAAUGAUUGAUGUUAUUCUUAUUUAUAUUUGUAGCGUUAUUAAUCUCAACUGUAUAAUUGACUCAAAUUCUUUAUUUGAUUGAAUUGUAACAUCAAUUUUUCUAUUACAUUGUUUUGAGAAAUAGUAUGGAAGUGCCAACAUCUAGUUCCCAGAA